AUGGCACUUAAAAGAAUCAACAAAUAUACACUUGGUCUUCGAUUAAAAAGAAGUCAAGUACAACUUCAUAUAUAUACCAUUGUAUUGGAAUUGCUCGACUUAGGGCGUGACCCACCGUCAUCGUGUAGUGCUGGUCCCAUUGGGGAUGAUCUUUUUCAUUGGCAAGCGACAAUUAUGGGUCCUGGGGACUCUCCAUACGCCGGAGGGGUAUUUUUCCUUAAUAUUCACUUCCCCACAGAUUAUCCGUUUAAACCACCAAAGGUAAAUUUUACAACAAGAAUUUAUCAUCCGAAUAUUAACAGUAACGGAAGUAUAUGUCUGGAUAUUCUAAGGGACCAAUGGUCACCAGCUCUUACUAUCUCGAAAGUGCUUUUGUCUAUUUGCUCAAUGUUAACUGAUCCUAAUCCUGAUGAUCCACUUGUACCCGAAAUUGCGCAUGUGUACAAGACCGAUCGUUCUCGUUAUGAAGCUACUGCUCGGGAAUGGACGCGCAAAUAUGCUAGUGAGUAUAACUAA